AACCACUUUUAUGUGGAAGUUCGACGUAUCGUGUUCAAUUGUAAUAGCGUGUAAUAAUCAUGAAUAUCACUCCCAUCGUGAUCUUUAUUUAUUCUUUAAGUUUAUCUCAGGCAGCAGCUGAUACACCUAUUAAUCCGAAUGAACUACCUUCAGCAUGUUGUGGGUAUCCUCAGUUCCAAAAUCCACGCAUCUUGUCGUCAUGUCGAAAUCGUUUCAAUCUUGCCAAAACCGUUAAUACUGAGGGCUGUGCUCAGGAGUGCUUCUUCAAUGCCACCAGAAUUUGGCGCGAUGAUCAGCCUAUAAGAGCAGCAGUUAUGACAGCUUUCACAAGAUUUGUGCCGAAUCAGUGGAGAAAUUUGAUAUCAUGGAGUACAAAUUUCUGUUUGGGCAAAUAUGUGUCUAUACCACCACAGCCAGUAAAUCCAUUUUCAAGAAUGUUAGUUAUUGGUAAUCCAAACUGCAAUGAAGGCCCAUAUAAAUUUAUACAAUGUGUUAGUGAGCAAAUUCUACGCUACUGUCCUGCCCAAAGAUUCCGUGCAACAAAAGAUUGCAUAAUGAAGCGGCAAAUAAUUGACAGCAGUUCUAAAAUGUCUGGGAACAAUGUGCAAGUGAUGGGAUGAUUUUCCACCUUCCAGCAGUUCAGGAUAUUACACAAAAAGAUGGAACUUUUGGUCAUAUGCAAAAUUUUUCCAGUAUAUUUCUAAUAAGACAAAUAAAAUGUGAAUUUUCAAUCAUAUAAUUCUUGUAUAUUGUGUAGAGGAAGUACACCAUUUCCCCAUUCGAAUUUGGAAAAUUCAAUUUGAGCAGAACAUUAUUAUCAAAAAUGAAUGUGUAUGUGAAGUAAAUUCAGCCUGACAAGAAGCUUAAGAGCAUGUGUUAUUUCAGUUCUUCCAAAAUAAAAUUACU